GCUACUUUGCAUAAUGUUACUAAAUGAUCACCUAUAAAUCAGGUUUAAGUCUGACUGAGGCCAAAAUACAGCAUCUUGGUGACAAACCUCAGGCUAACAAGGAAGUGAUGGACAAUAGGAGCUACUCUAAUCUGCCAGAAAAACUGCCGGUCUUCUCUGACUCUGCCCACUUGCCACUGACCAGGUCCUUCUAUCUGGAUCCCAUGGUCACUUUCCACCUGUACCCGGAGGCCCCGGCGCCCUCCCCUUACUCUGAAGACCUAUCCUUGCUGCCUUUUUCCAGUGAUUCCCUGAUCAUGGAGAAUUAUGGUGAACCCUGCCCCUUCUCCUUCCCAAUGCCUUAUCCAAAUUACAGAAGGUGCAACUACUCCUAUGGGCCGGCCUUUAUCCGGAAAAGAAAUGAGCGGGAAAGGCAGCGGGUGAAGUGUGUGAACGAAGGCUACGCCCAGCUCCGACAUCAUCUGCCGGAGGAGUACCUGGAGAAACGACUCAGCAAAGUGGAAACCCUCAGAGCUGCAAUCAAGUACAUUAGUUACCUGCAGUCUCUUCUGUACCCAGAUAAGGCUGAGACGAAGAAUAACCCUGGGAAAGUUUCCUCCCUAAGGGCAACCACCAGCCACCACACUGACCCCAUUUUUAGAAUCAUUUGAGUCAGUGUUUCCAAAUAGAAACAAAUAAUAUCACAAAAAGGGGUCUCUAACAGCAUCGUGCAAUAGUUUUUCCUACAUGUAAUUUCUGUGCGGGCAGUUAAUAACUCGGAUGCCAACCUAUGCUGGAUAUCUCUUACCUGGGUCUCAGAUGUACUAAACAUUGUCUUAUGUAGAUUGAGAA